AUGAAAAGAAUGAUGAAGGAAAAGUACAUUAUAGAGAAAGAAGCGCAAUGCAACGGAGUUAAGGGAGAAGAGAAGGAAAUCCUGCAUUCAGUUGACUUGCAUCGAUCACCAAGUAUCCGCCUUUUAUGUUUUGACAUUGAGAAUAUCCAUAUGUUCGUUCGGGAACUGGACGUAAUGUUAUGUUCAGAGCGUCUGCGGAAUAUCAUCAUCCCUGCUGGAACUUUAGCGUUCUCAUUUAUACACCUCCCUGAUGCUCCGCGUCGUAUCUGCAUGACCUUCUUAACCUUGGAAAUCGGAUACAAAAUAGGUUAUUUGCGCCAUAUUGCGUUCAUGAACCUACCUAAUAAAUAUUUCGUGUUUAUGAUCGCAACUGGAGCAUUCUUUACUUUUGAUUAUCCACUGAAAAACACAAAGAUGACAACUACCGUAAUCACUUUCUUUGCUGCUUUAUUAACCUCCUUUGCAUGCGCUGUCCCCGCCGUUGUUGAUGUAUUUGAAGAUAACAUGUAUGCACUCCUAAUAUUCGUUGGGAAAGAACAGUUCGAUCUACGUGAUGGUUCAGCUGAUGUUGCAUUAAGCAUUGGCCCCUUCUAA